AUGGCCUCCGGCAUCGACAUGUCUCUCGACGACAUUAUGAGGCGCUCCGCUGCGGCGGCGGCCGCGUCUCGCCGGGGAUUCACGUAUGUUCGCAACCCGGCCAGAACGACGCCGUAUUCCGUCCCGCAGGCAAGGCAACGCGGAAUGAUUCCGGAAAUGGUUUUUGAAGAUGACGGUGCUGCUAUGAUCGAAAGUGGCACCAAACUCUUUAUAUCAAACUUGGAUCAUGGAGUUUCAAACGGUGAUAUUAAGCUACUGUUCUCGGAUGAGGGUGAAUUGAAAAGAUACUCCAUUCAUUAUGAUAACAACGGGAGAUCAAAGGGAACAGCAGAAGUUGUGUUCAUAAGGCACUCUGAUGCUUUAUCAGCCAUCAAGAAAUACAACAAUAUGAGGCUUGAUGGUAAACCAUUGCAAAUUGAGCUCGUUGGAACUAGUACUCCUGCUGUUGCUCCUCUUUGUCAAAAUAACUUACUGGGAAGGCCAAAUGAUGCGCUUUUAAGCAAAGGAGGAAGGGUUGGAGGUAGGAGGUUCCACAAUGACUUUGUACAGGGCCACCUUCCAAGGGGCCGUGGACAGGGCCAUAUUCGGAAGGUAUAUUUUAGAGAUCUUGAUCAUGCCUUGGAGAGGUCUCAGCGCAAUCCGAGAGGCCACGCAAAAGUAAAGAGCAAAAAUAGAAAAGUGACUGCUAAAGAUCUUGAUGAUGACUUGGAGAGGUAUCACCGAGAGGCUAAGCAGAAAAAACAAAAUGGAAAGUGA